AUGUCAGGCGACAAUUUUGAUCACACAACAGUCAAAUCGAACGUUUUUUCGGACAACCCCCCCUGUGCAGGUGCAGGUUUCCACCCCCAAUACAAGACAGGAAACUUGCAUAUUAUGUCUUGCGAUAAAGUGGAUUUUACAGUCUUUCGAGAAUUGCUCGCUGAUAAAUCCGGCCUCUUCAAGGACAUGGAAGAUCUCCCCGAACGAAAACCAGACAUUUGCACCACUUUACAAGAUGAGAACAUCUCAGAAAAGGUGAACGGUAUCGUCAACACGAUGUCAAAAAUUGAUGUGGACGCAAACGCAAAGGUAGUCGAAACUUUUCUCGCUCUAAUUUACGGUCCGAAGUAUGUUCAAAUUGAUACUUCUUGGGAAGAUACCAAGACCCUUUAUGACAUUUGUGAAUUGUACGAUUGUAACGAGAAGAUCAUGGAGGUGGUCAAGGAUAGGUUGUACUUAUUAGCGAAUGAAAGACCUUGGGAUCUGUUGAUUUGGGCUUCACACAAAGAUGAUAGAUCAAUGGGAGCUGAUGCUCUGAGGAAGAUGAACGCAGAUAGUUUCAGUAUGGCUAAAACAGCUUAUCAUGUCGAAGAAUUUCAAGGCAAAAUGGAACAGUUGAAACGGGCUUGGAAAUUGAGGAUUUUAGAAACCUGCUUUGAUCAGCCUGCAUAUGGAACGAUCACCCGACGUGAAAGAUACGAUUGGCGAUCAAGGAGUAAAAUGUAUAGUGCUCCGAGAGAAGUGCAAUCAGAGGAAACCCUUUUACCGUUCAAGAAAAGGUGGGGGGAAGUCGCAGUUGCAUUCGCCUCAGACGAUUGGUUUGAGGGGUCCUAG